UUACAGUUCAGUGACAACGUUUCGUCAUUCUUUUGAGAAUAAAGGCAACUGAUUUUGGUUAUCAAGUGAAAAAUAGUUUAUUAAUAUGUAUAAUAUGUCUUUAAGCAGAAAAUUGUUUUAAAUAUAUAAGGACAAUUUAGAUUGUUAUAUUUUUUCCGUGGAAGAGUCUAGGUUUGGUGCUAGAAGUCAUUUGACAAAAAAGCCUUACUUGGGGUUGCGCCUACAUUCGGAUAAAAAUAAUAUUCUGAUCCGGUUUUUCUACGAAAGGUAAGUUUUGUAAAACAUAGAGAGCUUAAGGAGGGGAUUCUUUAACGACAGGGGCAAUUGUGAGAGUUCCUGCAUUGCGGACCCUCUGAAAGAAUACCCUUAUUUUUGCGUCCGAAAUAUGUCUGACGCCUUAGCUGCGCCCCUCAUACCACAACUGCAAGAAAUGCAGCAGCAACAGCAUAAUGGCCCUAGUGCCGCCUCCUCCUCCGCCGCUCAACAAUGGUACUCCAAUCCUUGGUAUGCUAAUCAACAGUACCAACAGCAGUAUAGCCAAUACUAUCAAUACUAUAUGCGUUAUGGCUUACAACAACAACAGCAUCAAAACAAUGCUCCACCCGGAUUUAGCAACUCUGUUAUACCACCAACUGAUAAAAAUUUGCCACCAUUACCAUCCGGACCACCACCACCUCCACCAAUGUCACCUGGUGGUAACAACAAUCAAAUGCAAGGUAAUCAAAAAGGUUUUGGUGGCAUAAGGUUUAACUUAAACCAGCAGAAGCGUUUAGCAAAUGCUCCAAAUCCACUACAAAAUUCAUCUUCUGCCAUAAAUACACCCAUUUUUCAAAAUAAUGUAAAUAGCAACGGAAUUAAUGGCAUGGGUACGAAUAAUGCAAACAAUAGUGGUAAAAAGAAACGUAAGCGUAAUAAGAAACAGAGCCCACUACAACAACAGCAGCAGGCUGCUUUUGAUGCACACUUUGAAAAUUUAAAUACAAGCCAACAAUUAAAUGGUAGUUUUAUUAACACAUCCUUGCCUCCACCUACGAUUGUGCCUCCGAUAACUGCCGAUUUAUCAAAACCACCACCACCGAUUGUACCAUUUGGUAGUUUGAACGGUGUAGGUGUAGCAGAUACGCAGAACAAGCAAAAGCAGAUGGUUAAUAACGUUUCAAAUCAAACAACUUCUGUAGAGUCACCUAAAAAAACCAAUAUGUUUAAUAAUCCAAAUGAUGCUUGGCCAGAGUCAUUGAAUAAUUAUGUGGCGCGUUGUUAUGCUAAAUGUGCUACUGAUUUGGAUAAGGAUCAAAUUGACAUUUGCUUGAAAGGAAAGAUUAUGGCAGCUGCCAAUCGCAAUGAACUUUGGACUCGCGAUUGGGACAAUGAGCCUAUACCGAGUGUACAUAGCGAGCGAAACAAUAUACAAAUGCAGUUAUAUAAUCAGCAACAAAAACAGCAUCAAUCUCAACAACAAAAUAACGGCGCGCAGAAAUACAAGCAGCAACAAAAUCAAAUUAACCACCAAAAUACGCCACAAAAUAAUAUUAAGGGUUUGUCGCGUAGUUUGAACGCGCGGUUAGGUCAACGAAAUUCGUUCGGAAACACCCAAAAGGCAUCUAAAGAGUCUAGAAGCCGUUCGCGUUCACCACAAUCAAAUAAAUACCAUAAACGCAGCACACGAUCACGCUCGCACUCGCGGUCGCGUAGCCCGUCAUUGAGUCCGCGUCGCAAGAUACGUCGUAAUUCUAGUUCGGAUUCGUCGGAAAAUCGGUCGCCGGAAAAUUUUAUACCAUUUAACUCGUCCGGUAAGAAACAACAAAAGGUUAAUAGUUCUAAGAAAGGCAAACACGUGAAGAGCGUUAACGGUUCCACAAAUUCAAAAUCUAAAGCGCCCUUUUAUUCAUCUUCAAUUGGCGGUGCGGUAGAUGACGAUACAGCACGUUUGCAACAACGUGCAGCGCGUUUUUCGCAGGGAUCAACUAAAAAAUCGGUCGUCGCAGUAGCAAGUUCUCCUUUCGGGCAUGCGAAACAAUCGAAACAAAAAAAAUUCGGUAGUAGUUCGGGCGGGCGUUUGUAUGUAGAUGUGGAAACUACGGGCGUUUUUGAUACAGGGUUAGAUUUGUUCGAUUUGCAUAUUGUAGGCACAUGUAGGGAUUUGGAAAAGUCUUUCCUCCGCUUGACCAAAGCGCCAUUGCCAUCGGAAGUGCGGCCCAUUGAGGUGUUAACGCAUUCGUUACAAAAUGUUAAGCAAAAGUGGAGGGACAACCAGGAUUACCAUUAUGCUUGUGAUCAGCUCAAGUCUAUACGUCAGGACUUGACGGUCCAAGGUAUUCGGGAUAAAUUUACCAUAGAGGUCUAUGAAACGCACGCUCGCAUUGCUAUGGAAAAGGGAGAUCAUGAAGAGUUCAAUCAAUGUCAGACACAACUAAAGAUGCUUUACACGGAAGUUGGGGCGAGUGCAAACACCCUGGAAUUUACAGCAUAUCGUAUACUUUACUAUAUCUUCACAAAGAAUACCUUGGACACAACGACUGUUUUGCGGUCAAUAAAACAAGCCCAGCGUGAAGAUCCAGCUAUUGCGUAUGCGCUCGCUUUCCGUUCAGCAUGGGCACAGGGUAAUUACUGUAAGUUAUUCCAACUCUAUAAGGCGGCACCACUGAUGGCGGGACAUUUGAUUGAUUGGUUUAUCGAAAGAGAGCGCAAGAACGCAUUACGCACUAUCAUCAAAGCUUAUCGACCUGCAAUUAGCAUUGAAUACGUUACAAAUCUACUGGCUUUUGAAAACCAAGAGAAGUGUAAAGAGUGGUUAACUGCCUUCAGCCUGCCAAUGAUUGGCGCCAAGGGUGACCAGAUUGAUUGUAAAGUAGCGGCAACGAUCACUAUUUAAUUGAAAAGCUGUAAAAUCCUAAAAUAGGAUGUGAAAGAUAUCCGUAAAUAGUGUGACUGCUUGUGCGUAGAGGGCAUGUUUGUGUGUUGACAAAUUCCAUAAUUAUAUGUUUAAGUUUGUAAGUGUGCGAACGGAUCUACUCUGGGCAGUACAUUUGACCAACAAUCUCAACACGAUAUAGUGCGACGCCGCCAAACAUACGCUCUCUGCGAUAAAGCCAUCAAUCUGAACGUACAACAUUAACUUAAAAACUAGCAAAAAAAGUCAGCGUUUAAAGUGCAAAAACACCUCUUUGGGUUCACUUCAUCAGCCAUAAGUAAAAAUUUGAGCCUUUAGGUGUUUCAUAUCCUUUACGCGUUAUGAACAUUCAAAAACAUUUAAAACAAGGAGUGAUUAACCUAAUCAACGGAAAUUAUGGGGUGGAUAAAUUGUGUAAAAUAUUAAGGGAUUUUUUUUUUUAACUUUCUAAAGAUACUUAAAGGAAGUUGUUUGGACUAAAUCGCAAAUGCUGUGAAUUAAGUGCAAAUAAUUUAACAAUUCGGGUAAGAACAAUUUUACGUAUUUGCGCUAAAAUACAACGGAUAUAAAAAGUUGAAAAUAUGCGUUAAAAGUAAUCGGUUCAUACGACAAAGAUCGCAGCGCAAAACAGGACUUGGUUAAAAUUAAAUGUAAAAGCUGACAAGGUCAAGGAACAGAUCAGAAGCACACUUAUUGGCGUAGCAGCGAAAACUUACAGCGAACAAAGUGCUAAACAAAAUGUUGCUAAGGCGACAAAAAAAUUAUAAAAAUGGACAAUAGAGCAGAAUCUAAUAUAAAGAUAAAACCACUGCUGCAACAGUAUAUAGACUUUGAUACUAUGUUGUGUUGCUGUGCACCGCUUUAGAAAUGAAUAUGUUCAACAUGUGUGAUUUGUUCCAACUCCAAAACCUAUUCCUUGAAAGGUUUCAUUUAAAGAAUUUUUAUUUUAAUCUGAAAAUUAUUAUUUUUUAGUUAUAUCAUUGAAACGAGGCUUAGUUAAAUAUUAUUUCUUGAUUCUGUGUAUUACUGAUAGCCUGUUAUUUAUACAUAUAUAUCUCCUUGGAUAGUUAGCUAGAUGUUCAAUCUUUGAAGUCCGUCAGCACAGUUGUUGUGCUGAUGCUGUGAUGAUGCCUAUAAUACGGGCGCUUUAAGAAUAUUCCUGUUUCCUCAGAAAAUAUGUAGUACAAAAGCAAGAUUUUAAAGUAGGCCUCAAAGUUUAUUUCGCCUAAAAACUAUAUACUAAAUGUUUUUGUAUUAAUCAACGGAUUUUUUGUAAACUGUUGCUAGAUAUUUUUGAAUGUUAAUUUUUCUAAUGUUUUUGUCUCUUCUACUGAAAUCGGUGAAAUUUUAUGAGCGUUAACAAAAAUCAACUAGCGGCGAAAAUUGUGCGCACUCAAAGAUGAUAAAAAUAAGUUGAAGGCGUGAUGGUUAAAGACCCUGCUAUCCACAACUUCAGCCAAUACACUUAAAACAAUGACUGCUGUAGAAGCUUGGCUGUACAACAAGGAAAGUACUCAACAUCAUCGAUAAGCAAACUAUACUACGUAGCAGCACGCACGACAGUCGGUUCUACGUUACCGGAACGACCCGGAAUUAUAUCCGGCCAAGGGCUGUCACUUCAGCAGCAUUCCCCAUAUAUGUAUGGGAAAUGAUUAUGCUGCUACAACAACAACAACGUAGCAGCACGAACACUACUUCGUUAAAUCCAGCUGAUCAUCACUAAAAAGCCACUUAUAAAGCCGCGCACCGUUUAGAGAACUACAAAAAAUGUAUAUUAUAUAUUUUUGCGCAAGCAUGCAGGUGCUCGAUACCCGAUACCCGAUAAUGACCCUCAUAAUGCCACAUUUUUAAUCUAAGCUCGUCGUAUUAAUCAAUUAUUCUAUUAAUUUUAAUUAAUUAUAUUUAAGUAUAUAAGCAAUUUUUAUAGGCUUUAGUUUUAAGUAUUUAUACAUAAACUAUAUAAUACUUGUUACUGAUUUCUGAUUGUUUUUUGGCGUUUGAAAGCAGCCGGCUAAAGAAAGAGAAUGCUUCCGUUACAUUCGUUUGCUCCACACGCGAUGUAUGCGCGUCUACGUGAACGUUCAAUAAAGCAGCCGAAAAAUUCUUUAA